GCAAGCUCCUCAUGCGUGAAGAAAGUGAUUGUUUCCAGUUAGCGCGAGUCAUUUGAAACAGAAACACCGCGCUGUUUGUCACAAGGGAUAUUCAAUCAUAAAGCACUAUCUAAUCAACGAUCGUUUGACUUAAUCAGUUGGCCGGUGACCGCAGAGAGCGCUGGGCGCCCCUUCACACCGCUUCGUACGAAUUACCACGCGAACUCGCGCACAUGGAGAAUUUCAAAGUUGUUGACUUCAACUCUCUGAGUGAAUCUGUACAAGAAUUAUUGAAAAGCGCAUCGGAAGUGCGGAAAAGGGCUUACAUUCCUUAUUCCAACUUCGCAGUAGGAUGCGCGAUCCUGACUGAGGAAGGCAAAGUUUACACAGGAUGUAAUAUAGAGAACUCGACAUUGUCGCCGACGAUAUGCGCCGAGCGCACGGCGAUAGGUAAGACGGUAUGCGACGGGUAUACUAAGUUCAAGUCAGUUGCGGUCGUGGCUCAUCAGCAGGACUUCACGGCGCCGUGCGGCGUGUGCCGGCAGACGCUGAGUGAGUUCCGCGGCUCCGACGGCGACAUGGACAUAUUCCUCGGCAAACCAUCGCACGACAAAGUCCUAGUCACCAAGCUAUCACAUAUGCUACCGCUAGCAUACGUCAGCUUUACCAAGGAUAACAUUGUAUCGUGAUAUUAUAUCUGCAAAGUUGUGUUUCGUGUGUAUCGGUAACUUAUCUUCAUGUCCGCUGAAAGUGUGAAAUAAAAACAACGAAAAGC